AUGGUUCUCAUUCCCGUCUACUUCAUCGCCGGGCUCUUGUACAAUGCGUACUUUCAUCCUCUAGCCAAAUUCCCUGGUCCGCUCUAUGCCCGCUGUUCGGACAUUCCAUACAUGGCAGUGCAUACAAAGGGGGAAAUGCUUCCAUGGCUCAGCUCUCUUCACGCCAAGUACGGUGAUGUUGUACGAAUUGGGGCCUCCAGACUUAGCAUCAUCAACGGCCAGGCUUGGAAGGACAUCUACGCCCACAAGACGGGAGGCAAGAAAAACUUCCCCAAAGAUCCGCGUGUGUACGGAACCGACCCCAACGGCCACCGCAAUUUGAUCACGACAUUGCCAGACUCCGACCACAGCCGCCUCCGAAGAGUCUUCUCGCCAGCGUUUUCGGAAAGAAGCCUCAAGGCUCAGGCACCACUGAUUUUGUCGUACGUAGAUCAGCUCAUAGGGAACAUCUGCCGUGGCAUCCAGACAGACUCAGACGCCAAGUUCGACAUGGUGAAGUUGUACAACCUGACGACAUUCGACAUCAUGGCUGAGCUGGCGUUUGGAGAAUCGCUUGGCCUUCUCGCCGACUCAGAAUACUCAGAAUGGGUCGCCAACAUUUUCGACAAUCUCAAGAACGGCGCCUUCGCCCAAGUUGGUCGGGAGUGGUCAUGGCUGGGCAACAUUGUGAAGUUGAUCACACCACCGAGACUCAAGCAGGCUGCCGACAUGCACUUCAGGCAUUCCAUUGAACGAGUCGAUCGCAGGCUUGAAAGGGACACUGACAAAGCCGAUAUCUGGAAAUUGGUCCUCAGCCAGCCUGAGGGAAAACAGAUUGACAAGUUUGACAUGUAUAACAACGCGUCUGUCUUCAUGGUCGCUGGAUCCGAGACCACGGCAACCAUUCUCAGUGGCGUCACAUACUUGCUCCUCCGGAACCCUGACAAGCUGGCUCGUCUUGUGAGCGAAAUACGCGGAGUAGACUCUGAAGACGAUUUGGACGUUCAGAGACUUUCUGCGUUGCCAUACAUGACGGCCGUUCUCAAUGAGGCACUGCGUUGGUACCCCCCAGUUCCUGUUGGAGUCUGGAGGGAAGUUCCCGAGGGUGGUAGCGCUGUUGCAGGACAUUGGAUCCCGGAAAAGACUCGCGUAUCCGUCCCGCAGUUCCCUGCGAACCAUUCGCCGCGCAACUUCAAGGAUCCUGAAGCAUUCAUCCCUGAGCGGUGGAUUCCCGGGCCAGAGUAUGAGCCAAACACGAAAGAGGUUGUACAGCCAUUCUCUAUCGGCCCUCGGAACUGCAUUGGAAUCAAUCUUGCUUGGCACGAAAUGAGACUCAUCCUGGCCAAAACGCUUUGGAACUUUGACCUCAGCCUUUGCCAAGAGAAUAAACCACAAGCAUCAACGGCGCCGGCUACGAUCAAAGUCGGCGACCGAGCUGGCUGGUUGGAAGCGUUGAGGUCUCAACGGCCCGUCCUCGUACACCUCAAUGCCGAUACCACAUGGCUCAUUCAACUGCCUUAUCCUCCUUUGUCGGUCCGGCCUGCUGGUCGAAAGCGUUUCAAUGUUCUCAUCGACCCGUGGCUGCAGGGUCCGCAGUCCGACGUCGCGUCAUGGUUCUCCACACAGUGGCAUGUCGUCGAACCUAGCCUGAAAACUAUGGACCAACUCAAUUCAAUUCUUGCAGGCUUUGAAGACGGCUCCGAAACCCCAAAGGUCACUGACAGAUCAUAUAUCGACGUCGUGGCUAUUUCGCAUGAGUUCACUGAUCACUGUCACCAAGCGACUCUAGAAGAACUUCCAAAGUCAACGCCAGUGUUUGCUACUGAUAAAGCUGCUGACCUCAUCCGCUCAUGGAGUCACUUUUCUUCCGUCACCACUACCCCUGGAUUCUCCUCCGAAACAAAAGAUUGGAAGUCUGAUCUUAGCAUUUCCGGCCUCCCGCCAUGGGUCGGAAUUGGGCGCGUCAUCACGGAAGGAAACGCCCUGUAUUACCAUUCGGCCAUUAUGAUUGCCUUUGACUCGGAAACACCGGAGACAAUAUUAUACUCUCCUCACGGUAUACAAGCAACAGAUCUAGAAUGCAUUCGCAAGUCCGGCUUCUCAACACUCGCUUUACUUCAUGGCCUCCACGACGUCCGCAUCUGGAUGACGAAACAGUUAAACUUGGGAGCUCUGAAUGGUAUCCAAGCUGUGGCUGAGACUGGAGCUCGGUAUUGGGUUGCGACACACGAUGAGACAAAGGAGGGCGGUGGGCUCAUCGCACCACUGCUUAUGCGUACGCAAUAUACUCUUAAACAGGCUGUCGAGGCUGAAGAGGCAAGGAUGAAUGGCAAAGUUCCAGAAUACGAUUUCGUUGAGCUUGGCUCAGGGGAUGGACUGCACCGCAGCAAGAUCUCAAGACAGGCAUUUAAACAAAGGAUUGGCGAAGAGGGCAUGCGGGAGUACAUUCUACGCUAUUUCGACGAUGGUGCGUGGUUGAGUUCUAAGUGGAUGGGCGACAUGAUGGAUAUGAUGGCAGCCAACGUCUUUGGGAAAUUCAAAAAGUUUGCACUCAUCCGCUCUAUGAAGACAGCAAACAAGAGAGAGUAUAAGUUCCUCGUCACGUCCGCCGAUCAAAAAGUUGUCCCAACUGGGAAUGGUGUCAUUUACAUGAACCAGGAAGCUUUCGAAAGCAAAGCGGCGCGCAUGUGGUAUGAUAAUAACUGCAUCGCACUUAGCUACGCCGAGAUUGGUGUUGAUAGCAAACUCAAGCAUUACACCAUCAGCGAUAGUAAAGCCGAAGACACGAAGCACUGGAUCCGUGACUUCCGCGCCGCACUGAUCAAUAACUACGAGUGCUACAAGUUGAAGGAUGGAAAUGGCAAGUUGGACGAUCCCGUCUUCCCGCCGCCCUUCGAUGCAGCAGCAAUGAUUGAAUACCCAGUCUGCUUCUGUAACAUGUGGUCCAAAGACGUAACUACCAACACGUAG